GCAAUUUCCACAACCUGAAGCCGGAAAAAUCAGAAAGCAACAAGAAUCAUGGUUCCAGGCCAAAUCAAAGCUGAAAGCAAUCCAUUUUGCGGUGUGAAAGGCUUUCCAACGGAGUCACAGAUGGCGGCAAGCGUGAAAGCUCUCCCAAAGGAGGUCAGGGGUAAAUGUAUCGGUGACGGUACGGAUCUAAUGCCUGCAGUUGGUCCUGGCCAAGUUAUCAAGUGCAGCAUAGAACACGGAAAAUGGCGGUUCCUUUCUUUCACUGAUACUUAUUCCGUUUGCGAUUCAAAAGGAGAUCCUCUUGCUGGCGGUGUCUAUAUUAAGGAAGUUUCCAACAAGUUGCUGGGCAUGGAUCGCAUCGUCAUGCAUGAUUGCAAAGAUAAACCUAUUUGCUUAGCCGUACGAGAUAAGAUUGCUCUGACCAACCGGUAUAAUAUUUACGGGACCGGGCCGCUUCUCCCUGAUGACAAGGCCGAAAUGAAAGAAAAGGACGUUGACUUCUAUCCUUGGUUUCGUGUCCGCGACAUUGAUGAUAGCCACCUUGAUCAUCGCUCCAUACUCGUCUGGAAUGGUAACAAUUUUCAGCCUAUGCUAAAAAUUGUUGCUGCUAGGCGACUUCCAGGAAGCCUAAACGAUGAUUUAGUUCCACCCCGCAAAGGUGACAACCUGGUGUGUGACUUAAACGACCCCACGAUCGUGCAUGCCCUGUUGUCGAAAACUUCAGAAAAAAACAUUGCCGGGUGGAAAUUGUGCAUCGCCCCUGGCACGGACCCCAUGGCAAUGAUCAUGCUGGCUGCCAUCAUGGAUAAAAUGGUAGGAUGGCUUGGCUAGUUUCUUGGGUGCAACGUAAAGUGAUGAGAAUACCGUAGAGAAUGAGUGUCGCCGAGCGUUUGGACUACUUAUCAUUCGGAUUAAGAACUCCCUAUAGGUGAUUGAUAGUCUUUCACAUUGCCCAUAUUUCAUUCAGGUAGUCGAAUUUUUUUGCUGCUUUCAAGCAAGCUGUCGCCAACAUGUCCAUACGUGUAGAGCAUCUCGGUCAAGCAGGAAAGUGCCCGCUUCCUUUGGGUAAUUCUCACAAGCCGUCCUUAAGCGGUCCAUCUUGAGAUGCUUCGAGUGCCGAGUAUAUGGUGCAGAGAAUCCUGUACAAUUUUUUCUGAAAAUACCUCACGGCAAUCUGGAGGCGCUCGCACUCUGCUGCUUUGACUGUGAAGCCGUUCGCAUUUAUUGCUUCUGAGUACACUCAGCGCGGAAGUGGAUAGACGUCUGCAGAAUCAGCACCUACUCGCAUAUUCCAAUGCAUUCGUUAGUUUGGUGUGCCGAUACGACACGCAUGGAAGCCAUCAUCACCUUCU